AUGGUCGUCCCGUUCGACGACCACAUGGUCCACCGCGGGCACGGCGUCUUCGACACCGCGCACGUCUGCGACGGCCGGUGCCACCUCCUCGACAGGCACUUAGCCCGCUUCGAACGAUCGAUGCGAUCGGCCAAGCUCAAGCCCCCCGCGGGUCAGAGUUUGGCGUCGAUGCGAGCGACGAUCCUGGCGACGAUCGCGGCGUCGGGCCUGAGGGACGCGCAGGUGAGGUACUACGCCGGCGCCGGGCCCGGGGGGUUCGCGCUGAGCCACGACGAGUGCGUUGAUGCCACCUUUUACGUGACGGUCGUCGCCGGCAGAGCCGCGCCCGAUCCGAACGUAGGCGUAUCCGUGGUCACCAGCGACGUGCCCAUCAAGCCGCCCGCGUUCGCGACGGUAAAGUCGGUGAACUACCUUCCGAACGCCAUGGUCGUCGCGGACGCGCACGAGCGCGGCGCGGACUACGGCGUGUGGAUGACGGAGCGCGGGCUGGUGGGCGAGGGGCCUUCCAUGAAUCUCGCAAUCGUCGAGGACGGAGUCUUGGUGACGCCGCCGACGGACGACGUGCUCGCGGGAUGCACCGUGCGGCGCGCCAUGGAGCUGAUCGCGCGUGGGGCGCUGGCGCACCUCGGCGUGCGUGACGCGCGGCACGAGGACAUCACGCUCGAACGCGCCAAGUCCGCCGACGAGGCGGUGCUGAUCGGCAGCGUCAUCUGGUGUCAGCCGAUCGUUCGAUGGGACGGGGAGGAGGUUGGGACGGGACGCGCGAGGGGCUGUGCGGGGCCGUGCGCGUUGGCGCUGCACGAGGCGUUGCUGGCGGACUUUAGGGACGACGAGAGCGAACUCGUGGAUGUGCCCUACGCGUGA